AUGCAGUCAAGGGGAAAGUCUGGAAUACCUGAAGAGCCAUCCGGGGUGUCGGGGCAUCAGGAACUGGGCAGUAUGUACGACUACCUCGCAAAAAUAAUACUGAUUGGUCCUUCGGGCAGUGGGAAAUCAUGUCUCCUACAUCGGUUUGUUAAGGACGAAUGGCGCGUCUUGAGUUCACAGACAAUUGGUGUCGAAUUUGCCAGUAAGAUUAUCAAAGUCGGCAGCGGCUCGAGACGCAAGCGAAUAAAGUUUCAGCUUUGGGACACAGCAGGUACCGAACGCUUUCGGUCUAUUUCCCGCUCCUACUAUCGUGGUGCAGCUGGGGCUUUGCUUGUAUACGACAUUUCUUCGCAUGAAACCUUCAGCGCUCUUCCAUCUUUCAUAAAUGAUGCACGCGCGCUUGCAUCUCCGAACUUAACUCUACUAUUGGUUGGUAAUAAACUUGACCUUGCGGACCAAGGGUAUUUAGUUGAUGUGGCUUCCUCGAGUCCACCUCAAAACAUACCCAACAGCUUUAGCUCCAGGGAAACAGGUGGCUAUCCACAGGCUACAAUUGGAAGCCUGAAUUCCAAUCUAGGACUUGGAAGCCAGUGGACAGCCACAAUGGCGCCCGAAGGAAGAGAAGUCAGUUCAGAAGAAGCGUCCAAAUGGGCGAGGCUGCAUAAUAUUACGGCUUCCAUGGAUGUGUCUGCAAUGAGCGGGGAAAACGUAGACGAGGUCUUUCACCGCCUAGCAAGAGUUAUUCUCACAAAAAUUGAAUUAGGUGAAAUUGAUCCAGACGAUCCUACAAGUGGCAUUCAAUACGGCGACGGGUGUUGGUUUGUCGAUGGUGAUGGGGUCAGUGUUAAAAGUGGUACGACGAUGCAAGAGGGUAUGCGAAAGCGUCGUGCAAAGUCAGUUUGGGGAAUUGGUGGCAUGCGAGAUUGGGAAGAUGUGUUUACCUUGACUGGGACAAAUCGACGACGAGGAAAGGGAUGCUGUUGA